GAACCCGGCCUACGAGUUCAGGACCAACCUCAUCAUGAGUGAACUGAAAAAUGGAAACAUCUCACUGAGGAUUUCCAACGUGCAGCUAUCUGAUGAGGGGAGAUACAUCUGCAAGACAAUCAAAGGGUCAAGCAAUGGGCCCCAGAGGGAGGGCGUGAUACUGCUCACUGUUGUUGCAGCGUCUGAGCCCAAACUCUCAGUUGUCCCAGAUGGGGGCGGUGGAGUAACUCUGCAGUGUGACGCCGGCUGCUGGUUCCCGAAGCCUGAGAUCACAUUUCUGGAUGAUCAUGGAAACAAAAUCAGUGUGGACGACCCAAAAGAGGAGUUCAACUCCGGGGGAUGUUUCAACAUCACGAGGAGAGCGACUUUGCCGACCGCAGUCAACAGAGUCGCCUGCUGGGUCAACCUGCCCAACAUGAGGAGAGUCGCAGAGAUUCACAUACCAGGCGGCUGCAUGAGGUCUUGCACUGUGCCCGUCAUCAUCGCUGUAUUUGUGCCUCUGAUGGUUCUCUGUGUAUCAUGCCUCGCCUACUUCUGCAAGAAUAGUCUUGCAGGGUGUCUAAAAGGGCCUAUUUUGCCGCAACUUUUCAAUGAAACUACAAAAAGCAGAAAUGGAGCAGAUUUUCAUCCUCCAGAAAACCAGGCUGAAGACGUCGAUCCCAGGGAGGAGCUUCUGAGAACCAUUGAGGACCUAAACCAAAGGCUUCUUGGUAAAGAUGAGAAGAUCAAGCAACUAACUCAACAACUGCAUGAACUCAAGUCAGGACAGACUCUUGAUGUGCAGAGCAGUCACAGCCAAGAAUCUGUAAGAGCACCACCAAGCAGUGAAGGCUCAGUGCCUGAUGUCUCAACCAACAGCUGUCCUUCUCUCUUGGAUGAUGAUGUCGUGUUGCCCAGCCCGUCUCCGGCCCUCCCUCCCACUGAUUUCCGUCCAAAGAGUUCGUCUCUGUCUAGCUCUUCUCGAAAGCCCCAACGCAGACACACCAUCUCACCCGUUUCUAGAAACCGCUUCAGUCUUUCGAAGCUAUCUGAAGAUGGGGAGCAGUUGCUCUCAACAGAAAAGUCUGAUUGAUACACGUUUAUUGAGGUACCGUCUGUCCCAGGUUACAAUCUUGUUAUUCAACCUUGUAAUAACUCCAGCUUUGAUCAAAUAGCUUUAGAGUAGUAUUCAUUUAGUAGCAGGUUUGUCAGUUACAUUUUUGUUGUUGUUGUUUGAUACGAAUUUUGUAGUCAAUUCAAUCAAUCUUUAUUUACAUAGCGCCAAAUCACA